AACCAUCUCCCUUUUUUCCGCCAUUUUUAGCCGACUCAAGUUCACCCGCUUCCUUCCUCUCUCUUAGACCUCCUCUGCCCUCCAAUCCCCCUUCGUAUUCAAAGUAUACGUCUCCUUAUGCUAAUACUGCACUUCUCCUGACAUACAUUUUGUUAUUGCAUUAUAAGCAAAUGCUUUACACAUUCAUAUUCCUUUAUCUAGCACUGGGAACAUGUGACAGCGGAAUAGUGACGUAUAUAUUCAGCGACGCUCUACGGUUUGUGUACAAUUUCAAGCUUGACGGGAGGGUUACGUUUAAGGACAAUUGCAUCAAAUGUGUCUUUGUUUUAUAAUCGUGAGAAUUCCCUCGAUCCUCUAUUUACUCAAGUCUAUCUGCACAUCUCUGUUGAUGGGUACUGUCAUAUAGUUGUUUUUGCACUAACAUAAAGGAAUUUAAAUGAUAGUUUUCAGAGAGAGUACAUGUCUCUCUUGGCCAGCUUUUACAGUUGAAUAACGUCUGCUCCAGGACUUUAGCUGUAGGCUACCUGGUAUGAAUUAAUAAUAUAUUAUGCAAACUAAUGCACAUUACAGUGAAUGUUGAUCUCAGUAUGUCCCUGCACAAGAUGCUCUCCUAGCGCCCCUAUUUAUUUAUGUGCCACUUAGUUGUAGCCUGUGAACAUAUGCCUUAUGCUGCCCCCACUGAAAGAUUAGUCCGUUGUCAGGCAGAUAUUGCUCGUCCCCAACAAUGGUGUGGUACGGCCAGCCAUCUGUCGCUGUGUGAAUGGAACUGUCAGUUGGUCCGUCUGUAAACCAGGCCUGACUCAUGACUGAGUACUACGAGGAGGGGGGCCUGCUGUACGAGCACUCGCCUCCCAUGCACAUCAAAGUGGAGUCUCCGGAGGGACCCUUCGGAGGGGGCGUCUCAGAGGACGGCUUUCCCAGGGAGGAUGAGGACUCAGAAGGCAGCUGUGACCAAAGCAGUGGGCUGCCUGGUGGACUACCCUUCAACGUGGUGGUGGUGCAUCCGAACAUCAUGACCCCUGGCAUGUCCUCAGAUGACCUCCUAUCCAUGGAACAGCCAGGGGGUGCAGGCAAGAGGAAGAGUCGUUUUAGCGGUGCAGAGCUGGAGGUGCUGGUUUCUGAGGUGACGCGGUGUGAGGGAGAGCUUUUUGGUCCUGCUGGGAGGCUCCGGCGCAGGGAGAGAGAGAGGAUCUGGGCAGGAAUCCUGGAGCGGGUCAACGCUGUGUCCAGAGUCCCUCGCACCCUCCGCGAGGUCAAGAAGCGCUGGGACGACCUGAAGAGACGCAAUGGAGGCAGGCUGGCAGACGCUAGGCACCGAACUUGUUACCUGCCAUCUAAUAGAGUGGCUUCCAUGCUGGGACGGUCAGCUCAGGCAAGCCCCAGGCUUCACCAGGCCAGACAGAAGCAAAGCACCAGAGGGAAGGCCAGUUUCACGUGCUUCACUGAUACAGAACCAGUGGGUGGAGGUGAAGGGUCGGAGAGGGAUGGCUUUGAGAAGGAUGAGGAUAGUGGUGAGCGGGAAGUGGAGGUGGGAGAGGCGGAAUGCGAGGGGGCAGAGAGCAGUAUGGAGGAAAAGCUGGGUUUAGGACUGGGAAUAGGGCCUCCCCCUAACUCGGAACGCUGGCUGCCUCCUUCUCCCCUCUACAGCGCCCCUUUCCUCAAUGGGACCCCUCAGCCUAGUCCCCAGCCCUCACUAGGGGCCCAGCAGGGACCCCUAGAGGCCCCUCCUCGUGGCUCAUGGCUGGAGGACGAGCUCCGCGGCAUGGGGGAGGCAGCUCUGCAGCUGGGGGAUCGGGUGGAGCAGAGUCUUCGGGAGUUUGGGGAGGGAUUCAGACGUGAUAUGAGAACAUUAGUGGUCUCUCAAGAGGCACUGGCAACCAGCCUACAGCAAAACAAUGUUCUCCUGCAAAGGCUGCUGGGAGUCUUAGAGGCACAGCAGCAGCAGCAGCAACAACAACAACAACCACCACAGCAGCAGCCACAUCAUUCCCAAAAACAAGAGCCACAACAGUCAACGCAGCAACCACAACAGUUACAGCAGCAGAAACCACAGCCUCAACAACUGAUUCAGCAGCAGCAACAACAACAGAUACAACAGCAACAACUGCUACUACAGCAACCCCAGCUGGUGCAGCAACAACAGAUACAACCGCUACCACAGCAACCGCAACACCCCCAGAGUCCAAGUAAUCAACCAACUUUAGCAGUUGCCCCUGUACAACCACCCCCAGAUAUUCUUGAUGGUACCACCCGUCCAAAUCUACCCGCAGUCAUUAAUGGAAUUGUCCAACGGCCAAGGCGGGGGAGAAUUGUUGAUCAUAGACGAAGAAGAAGGCGUUAGAUAAAGAGAUGUAAAUAAGCUUUGAUGUACUUUAUUUAUUUUCUCUUAUACAAUCUGAUUUGAAAUAAUUGUGUCCCUCUAAUUUCAACCAAUGCUGAAAAAGUUGUGUUUUAUGAGUACAUUUGUUGUGUAAAGUGUUCAGACCCCUUGACUUUUUCCACAUUUUGUUACGUUACAGUCUUAUUCUAAAAUGUAUUAAAUUAAUGAAUUUCCUCAUCAAUACACCAUAGUGACAAAGUGAAAACAGGUUUUAAUAAAUGUUUACAAUAAUUUACAUAAGUAUUAAGACCCUUUGCUAUGAGACUUGAAAUUGAGAUCAGGUGCAUCCUUUUUCCAUUGAUCAUCCUUGAGAUGUUUCUACAACUUGGGAGUCCACUCUGGUAAAUUAAGGUCCCAGAGUUGACAGUGCAUGUAGGAGCAAAAACCAAGCCAUGAGGUCCAAGCCAUUGAUGAAGGUGCUGCUAUAGCUGAAGCUAUAAUGGAACAAGCACCUUCAUCAACACGUUCCCUUCUUUCAGCCUGGGGUCUCUUUACUGCCCCACCGUCCUCUACAAGGUCGAAGGAAUUGUCUAUAGAGCUCCGAGACAGGAUUGUGUCAAGGCACAGAUCUGUGGAAGGGUACUACAAAAUGUCUACAGCAUUGAAGGUCCCCAAGAACACACUGGCCUCUACCAUUUUUAAAUGGAAGAAGUGGAACAAUUUAAUCUUCCUAGGGCUGGCCUCCAGGCCAAACUGAGCAACUGGAGAAGGGCCUUGGUCAGGGAGGUGACCAAGAACCCGAUGGUCACUCUGGUAGAGUUCCUCUGUGGAGAUGGGAGAACCUUCCAGAAGGACAACCAUCUCUGCAGCACUCCACCAAUCAGGCUUUAUUGGUAGAGUGGCCAGACGGAAGCCACUCCUCAGUUAAAGGCACAUGACAGCCUGCUUGGAGUUUGCCAAAAGGCACCUAAAGACUCUCAGACCAUGAGAAACAAGAUUCUCUGAUCUGAUGAAACUAAGGUUGAACUCAUUGGCCUGAAUGCCAAGCGUCACGUCUUGAGGAAACCUGGCACCAUCCCUACUGUGACGCAUGGUGGUGGCAGCAUCAUGCCGUGGGGACGUUUUUCAGCGGCAGGGACAGGGAGCCUAGUCAGAUUGAGAGGAAGAUGAACAGAGCAAAGUACAGAGAGAUCCUUGAUGAAAACCUGCUCCAGAGCACUCAGGAACUCAGAUUGGGGAGACAGUUCACCUUUCAAAAGGACAAUAACCCUAAGCACUCAGCCAAAACAAUGCAGUAGUUGCUUCGGUACAAGUCUGUGAAUAUCCUUGAGUGGCCCAGCCAGAGCCCGGACUUGAACCUGAUCGAACAUCUCUGGAGUGACCGGAAAAUAGCUGUGCAGUAAUGCUCCCCAAAUACAGGUGUGCCAAGCUUGUAGCGCCAUACCCAAGAAGACUCGAGGCUGUAAUCGCUGCCAAAGGUGUUUCAACAAAGUAAGUAGAGUGUGCUGAGUAAAGAGUCUAAAUACAUAGGGAAGUGUGAUAUUUUUUUUUUUUUUUACAUUUGCAAACAUUUCUAAAAACCUUGCUUUGUCAUUAUGGGGUAGCGUGUAUAGAUUGAUGGAAGAAAAAAACAAUGUAAUACAUUUUAGAAUAAGGCUUUAACGUAACAAAAAGUCAAGGGGUCUGAAUACUUUCCGAAUGUACUGUAUAUAUUAUUUAAACUAAACACAGUAGGCUAAUUGAAGGUUCAGCCCUGAUCCAUAUAUAUUAGCAUAAUGUAUUGGUUGGAAGUUGCUGCAAUAGAACCAAGAAAUGUCAGCGAUUUCUGUUUUGUCCAAAUCUUGUAGAUAGACAAUCAGCAUUACGUUAACAGAAAGCACUUUGGAGUCUGCAGCAAUCUAUCAUUCGAGCAUAUUAGUAAAUGACCAUUGAAAUGUAAUAUACCAAUGCAUAUGUACAUGUUCUGAUUGCUCGUCCAGUUGUAUGAUGCAUAUUAAACAUGCAUUGUGUGACAGGCUGGACAUACACAUGCAAAUCUUAGAAAAAAGGUAUUAUACAAUGUGUAUUUAACAUGUGAUGAUAAAUUAUUUUAUAAUUGGACUAUAAUGUUUAAGAUAUGGAAAUGUUUCCCUGCAUAGCUCUUAAAUGAAAAUCUGCAUCAGUAUGUAUUUUGCUUCAGAUUUCCUUUUUUUUGUGAUGUUAUCAAUUUAUUAAGCAUUAUAUACAAGUAUGAUGUAUGUGUUAUCUUGCAUGCAGUGUCUGAUGUGUAGACAAAAUGCAAGGGAUCUGUAAAAAAAAAAAAGAAGCAUUUGUGUACCUUUUUGCACAAUUUAUAUACCUAAAUAUAGUUGAAGGGUCUGACUCUGUUCUGAAACAUGUAUUGACUAAAGAUUAAUAAAGGCAACCCU